CCGAGAUGGAUGGAAAACCCGCAUCCCGGGAGGACCCCGGGCCUCCAGCGUGGUCCGAGCCGGACGGAAAACCCAGAUCCCGGAUGGACGCUGGGAUGCUCGGCCUGGAUCGUGAUCCAAGAAGGGUGGAAAAUCCAGAUCCCGGGAGGACCCCUGGGCCUCCAGCGUGGUCCGAGCCGGAUGGAAAACCCAGAUCCCGGGUAGGCGCCGGGAUGCUCUGCCUGGAUCGUGAUCCCAGCUGGAUGGAUAGCCCAGAUCCCGGGAGGACCCCUGGGCCUCGAGCGUGGUCCGAGCCGGAUGGAAAACCCAGAUGCCGGGUGGACGCCGGGAUGCUCGGCCUGGAUCGGGAGCUGAGAGGGGUGGAAAACCCGCAUCCCGGGAGGACCCCUGGGCCUCCAGCGUGGUCCGAGCCGGACGGAAAACCCAGAUCCCGGACGGACGCCGGGAUGCUCGGCCUGGAUCGUGAUCCCAGCUGGAUGGAUAGCCCAGAUCCCGGGAGGACCCCUGGGCCUCGAGCGUGGUCCGAGCCGGACGGAAAACCCAGAUCCCGGAUGGACGCUGGGAUGCUCGGCCUGGAUCGUGAUCCAAGAAGGGUGGAAAAUCCAGAUCCCGGGAGGACCCCUGGGCCUCCAGCGUGGUCCGAGCCGGAUGGAAAACCCAGAUCCCGGGUAGGCGCCGGGAUGCUCUGCCUGGAUCGUGAUCCCAGCUGGAUGGAUAGCCCAGAUCCCGGGAGGACCCCUGGGCCUCGAGCGUGGUCCGAGCCGGAUGGAAAACCCAGAUGCCGGGUGGACGCCGGGAUGCUCGGCCUGGAUCGGGAGCUGAGAGGGGUGGAAAACCCGCAUCCCGGGAGGACCCCUGGGCCUCCAGCGUGGUCCGAGCCGGACGGAAAACCCAGAUCCCGGACGGACGCCGGGAUGCUCGGCCUGGAUCGUGAUCCCAGCUGGAUGGAUAGCCCAGAUCCCGGGAGGACCCCUGGGCCUCGAGCGUGGUCCGAGCCGGAUGGAAAACCCAGAUCCCGGAUGGACGCCGGGAUGCUCGGCCUGGAUCGUGAUCCCAGCUGGAUGGAUAGCCCAGAUCCCGGGAGGACCCCUGGGCCUUGACCGUGGUCCGAACCGGAUGGAAAACCCAGAUCCCGGAUGGACGCCGGGAUGCGCAGCCUUGAUCGUGUUCGGAAAACCCAGAGCCCGGGAGGACCCCGGGGCCUUCGGCCUCGACGGCGGUCCAAACGGGAUGGAAAAUCCGGAUCCCGGGAUGGUCCUCGGACCCUCGGACCUGACCGUGAUCCAAGAUGGAUGGAAAAUCCGGAGCCCGGGAGGACCCCGGGACCCUCGGCCUUGAUCGUGAUCCGAGAUGGAAGGAAAACCCACAUCCCGGGAGGACCCCGGGACCCUGGGCCUUGACCGUGAUCCGAGCCGGAUGGAAAACCCACAUCCCGGGAGGACCCCGGGACCCUGGGCCUUGACCGUGAUCCGAGCCGGAUGGAAAACCCACAUCCCGGGAGGACGCCGGGACCCUCGGCCUUGACCGUGAUCCGAGCUGGAUGGAAAACCCAGAUCCCGGGAGGACCCAGGGACCCUCAGCCUUGACCGUGGUCCGAGCGGGAUGGAGAAACCGGAGUCUUCGACCACCCGGGACCGGAAUCCUCCACCAGCCGGUACCCUCGGCCUUGACGGAGGUCCCAGCCGGAUGGAAAACCGGGAUCCGGGGAGGACCCCGGGACCCUCGGCCUCGACGGCGGUCCCAGCUGGAUGGAAAAAUCGGGAGCCCGGGAGGACCCCGGGACCCUCGGCCUUGACCGUGGUGCGAGCGGGAUGGAAAAACCGGAAUCCUCGACCACCCGGGACCCCCGGCCUUGACCAGAGUCCGAUCCGGAGGGAAAUCCCGGAUCCCGGGAGGACCCCGGGACCCUCGGCCUUCACUGUGACCCGAGCUCCGUGGACAAUCCGGGGCCCUUGAGGGCCCCGGGACCCGUGGCCUUGACCGUGGCCUGAGUUGGAGGGAAAAUCCGGAUACCGGGAGAAUCCCGGGACCCUCGGCCUCGACCGUGGUCCGAAGGGGAUGGAGAACCCGGAGCCCGUGAUGAUCCCGGCGCCCUCGGCCUCGACCGCGGUCCGGACGGGAUGGAGAACACGGAGCCCGUGAUGAUCCCGGCGCCCUCGGCCUCGACCGCGGUCCGGACGGGAUGGAGAACCCGGAGCCCGGGAUGAUCCCGGCGCCCUCGGCCUCGACCGCGGUCCGGACGGGAUGGAGAACCCGGAGCCCGGGGUGAUCCCGGGACCCUCGGCCUCGACCGCGGUCCGAACGGGAUGGAGAACCCGGAGCCCAGUUUUCCACCCAGCAGGAUGGAAAACUCAGAGCCCGGGAGGACCCCGGUGCCCUCGACCGGAUGGAAAACCGGGAUCCGGGGAGGACCCGGGAGACCCGCAUCCUCGACGGCGGUCCGAGCCGGAGGGCAAAUCCGGACACCGGGAGGGCCCCGGGACCCUCGGCCUCGACCGCGGUCCGAACGGGAUGGAGAACCCGGAGCCCGGGAUGAUCCCGGGACCCUCGACCGAGGGUCACGGAUGGGAAACACGGAUGGAGUUUUCCGAUGGAAAACGCAGAGCCCGGGAGGACCGCGGUCCGAACCGGAUGGAAGACCGGGAUCCGGGGAGGACUCAGGAGACCCGCAUCCUCGACGGCGGUCCGAGCCCGGGAGGGCCCCGGGUCCCUCAGUCUUCCCGUUUCUCGGGGCGGGAUGGAGAACCCGGGAUCCCGGACGCCGCAUCCCGUCGCCACCCGAGCCGGACGGGAAAUCCCGGGGUCCGGCCCGGCCCCCGCCCCCCGACUGCCGACCCAACCGGGCGGGAGAGCGGCCUUCCCAAUCCCGGUGUCCCCACGUCCGUCCGCGCCGGGAAAAGAUGGAAUAAAGGCAGAAUGGCCCUGGGUCCCGGUUGGGGGGGGUCGUCGGGGCGACAAUAA